AGAAAAAAGUCAUAGUUCUUUCCUACAAGUUUAGUAGUUCUCGUCAUUGUGAAUUGUAACCGCUCCCAAGUAAUGGUUGUUUCCACCACUCUUCACUACUCUCAUUCUUGAUCCUAUCCACUUCAACCUUCUCUCUUCAACACUAUUCCCUUCAUUUUUCAAACACUUUUUUCUUCCCUCUCCCUUCCAUUCUCAUCAAAAUUUUCUCCCUCUUAUUUUUGGUAUCUUUUUUUCCUUUCUUUCUUUGUGUAUUUGACUCCGCAUUCUGUUCAACACUGGAUUGACCUAAAUCGAAGAUGAGGGGUCCCGCCCCGAACACCGUCGAGCCACGUCACCGAUUGUCGACUUCAUUCAGUGAAGAUACUAGCAAGCGAAGGUCUCAAAGAAAUAAGGAUCUCAAAGAUGUUGAGAAAGCAUUGCAUUUUCCGUUCCAAGAUAGGAGUAUAAAUUGCAGGCCGAAUUGGAAAAUUGUUCUGGUUAUUAUUAUAUUGGGAACCUUGCUUACAAUUUUCCAUCCUCCAGCUGUUUAUAAUACCGAUCAUAUAGCAAACUCUAUAUCACGGUCAACAUUUGUAAACAACUGGAAUGGAGAGUUUGAUGGAACUGAUCCCCGUUAUGCAUCACUUCUAAAUAUCGACUGGAUCCAAAUAACUAAUGUUCUUGAAAGUUUGAAGGAUAAGGACACAUAUCAGGGUGUUGGCUUGUUAAACUUCAAUGACAGUGAGAUUGAUCACUGGAAGCAGCUGGUACCAGAAGCCGAACAUGUAGUUCUUCACCUGCACUAUGCUUCCAGUAACAUCACUUGGGAAGUCUUGUAUCCAGAAUGGAUAGAUGAAGAAGAAGAAUACGAGGUUCCUACUUGUCCGGCACUACCUAGGAUUCAGGUACCAGGAAAACCACGGCUCGAUCUUAUUGCUGUUAAGCUACCCUGCGACAAGUCAGGGCGCUGGUCAAGAGAUGUAGCUCGUUUGCACCUGCAGAUUGAAGCGGCUAGACUUGCUGCCUCUUCCAAAGGGUUUCAUCCUGUGCGCGUGCUUUUUGUGACGGAGUGUUUCCCAAUUCCAAAUCUCUUCACUUGCAAGGAUAUUAUACAGCGUGAAGGGAAUGCCUGGCUUUAUGAACCCGACUUGCAUAAACUCAGAGAGAAGCUGCAGUUACCAAUUGGUUCAUGUGAACUAGCUGUUCCUUUGAAAGCUAAAGAAAAUUUUCACUCAGAAAGGGCACACCGAGAAGCUUAUGCAACGAUCCUGCACUCUGCAAAUUUAUAUGUUUGUGGAGCCAUUACUGCAGCUCAAAGUAUUCGAAUGUCUGGUUCAACACGGGAUCUUGUGAUUUUGGUUGAUGAAACAAUCAGUGAUUAUCAUAGGGGUGGCUUGGAAGCGGCUGGAUGGAAGAUCCAUACGAUCAAAAGAAUCAGGAAUCCGAAAGCAGAACCGGAGGCAUAUAACGAGUGGAACUACAGCAAGUUCCGUCUCUGGCAGUUAACAGAUUACGACAAAAUCAUUUUCAUUGACGCUGACCUGCUUAUACUCAGAAAUAUCGAUUUCCUUUUCGAGAUGCCUGAAAUAUCAGCCAUAGGAAACAAUGCUACACUGUUCAACUCAGGUGUAAUGGUGGUUGAGCCGUCAAAUUGUACAUUUCAACUGCUCAUGGAUCACAUUAAUGAGAUCGUGUCCUACAAUGGUGGCGACCAGGGUUAUCUAAACGAAAUCUUCACGUGGUGGCAUCGGAUUCCGAAACACAUGAACUUCUUGAAGCACUUCUGGGAAGGUGACGAAGAAGAGAAAAAGGCAAUGAAAACCCAUCUCUUUGGAGCGGAUCCACCUAUCCUUUAUGUAAUCCACUAUCUCGGUAAUAAACCAUGGCUUUGUUUCCGAGACUAUGACUGCAACUGGAACGUGGACAUUCUGCAGGAGUUUGCGAGCAAUAUAGCUCAUGCGAGGUGGUGGAAGGUCCAUGACGCCAUGCCAGAAAACUUGCAGAAGUUCUGUUUGCUUAGGUCGAAACAGAAGGCCGCGUUAGAGUGGGAUCGUAGACAAGCGGAGAAAGGAAACUUCAGUGAUGGUCACUGGAAAAUUAAGAUAAAAGACCCGCGUUUGAAAACGUGCUUCGAGGAUUUCUGCUUCUGGGAGAGUAUGUUAUGGCAUUGGGGUGAAAAGAAUUGGACUGAUAAUUCUACAGUUAACAAUUUGCCACCUGCUUUCACAACCAAAUCUUUAUCUUCUUUAUGAGUAUACUUUUCCUCAUACUUCCCAUAUACAUUCACAUAUUUGCACAAUGUGAUUCUAAACUAUGAUGAUUGCUAAAUUGUAAGUGGGCCAAUAUUAUGUAGCAGCUCCUCAUAAUUCUUGUUCAUAGGUUUAUAACUCAUAGUCAUGAGCAAAUAUGGGUACACUAUUUUUUAUUUUGUAACUAAUCAAUCUUUUUAAAGAUUUGAUAUUCAGAGGUGUGAAUAAAGAUUAUAGUGUUGGUAUUGACACCAUUUUUUUUGUAA